CGGACUUCUGUGGUAAUUUACUAUAGUUUCAUCUACCUUUGAUGUUAAUUUCGUCAGGAAUGUCAUCUGCUUGGAAAGAAAGGUUUCAAAAUUUGAUUCGUUGGUUUAUUUAUCUUCUAAUUUAGUCUGUGGUAUCUGUUUUGGGCAUUUUUCGGAUUGCGUGCUUAAUAAUGUUGAUAGCAGGGUAAUCACUGCGCGCCAAAUGUCUUUUGAUCUCAACGAAAAACAUUUGUCAAUUUUUUGGUUUUGUUCCAAGAAUUCGGGGAGGCUAUUGGGUUCGCAGAGGAUCUUGUUUUGGGAUUGGACGUGACAAUUUUCAGUUUUCUUUUUGUGGAUAGCUCCAUUCUCAUUGCAUUCUAAGAAAGUUAAGAAAUUGUUUCUGUGAAAGACGGCACUUUGGGACUUUGUCUUGAAUUGAUUGAUGGGGAGAACGCUGCGCCGGCAGCCGGGGUAUCGAUUUCAUCCUACUCAUGUUGAGCUGGUUGCUUUUUAUCUAAAGAGGAAAGUUAGGAGUAGAAGGUUCCGUCCUCGAGAAAUUGCAGAGGUUAACAUCUACAAGUAUGCCCCAUGGGAUCUUAAAGAAAAAUCCAUUUCGAGCAGUGGUGAUCAGAAAUGGUACUUCUUUUGCCCAGUUGAGAAAAAAUAUAGAAAUGGGCGUAAAGUGAAUCGCUCAACUGAAUUUGGGCACUGGAAAAGCACCGGAAAGUGUAAACUUGUGCAUCACAAUGAAGAGUUGGUGGGCUCAAGAAGAACAAUGAUUUUUCACAGAAAAAGUGAAGAACAAAGGGAACGAACAGAUUGGGUUAUGCAUGAGUACAGUCUUGACUAUAAGAAUCUGGCUAAGGAGAAAGAUGUUCAGAACACAUAUGUGCUUUGUAAGAUUUUCCAGAAGGAGGGCCAAGGGCCAAGAAUUGGUGCCCAGUAUGGAGCACCAUUUAAAGAAGAAGACUGGAGUGAUUGGAGUGAUGUUGAGGAGGCUGACUUUGCAGAAGAUGUUGACUUGGCUGGCAGGUCUACCCCAAAUUUUAUGCUGCCUAAUAACAAUAUCAGUUCAGCUGGUAUUGUCACCACAUCAUUGGUUGGCGCGAUGUCUGAGUCAUGUCGAUCUGAGACUGUGCCAUCACAGUGUGAGGGGAUUUCAGUGAUUUCGUGUGGAGAUGAAAAAAAUAAGAAUCUCAGUCAUGAUGAAAUUGAUCAUGAACAUGAUCGUUUUUUCCAUGACUUGAUAAACAUCAUCAAUUGGGACUGGGACGAGACUGCUGGACCGAGUUUAGAUGGAUGCAAUGUUCAGGAAGCCAGUUUUCAUCAGGAGGAUGGUUUUUCCAUGAAUGAUCUAGACACACCGCUGGAUAGCUGAGGGGUAGAAAAAAAGGAUCAGCCACUUAAUACCUUUUUUCUUCUAUACUUCACCCAUGAAAUUAUAUCACAAAAUUACUUGUAAGAUAGUGUGUGAUUAUUAUUUGUGAUUGAUCCACUUACUCUUAUACGGUGGAAUCAUUUCUGUUGAAACUCC